CGCAGCUGAGAAACAGUACCAUUACGCCCAUGUAAGCAGCAGUCACCAGAUCAAACAGACAGGCGGCGUACUAACCGAAAAGGUUCACGUCGAAGAUUGCCAUACAGCAGCGAGGAUUUAUAGUGUAUAGUGACUAGUAAUAGUGAAUCGGAUGAUCGAGCGGAGGCGAAAGGGACCCGAGGAUACUGUAGCACAUGUGAAGUGCUCAAGAACGCUGACAGAACGUCGGCACAUGGGCAGAAUGGUGCACACGAGGGCGCAAAUGCAGAUGCUACGACCGCGUCCAGUACAAGUCGUGAGACCGAUGCAGCGCGAAAGAGGCGCGGAGCGAAAAAUUAAUGAUUUCUCACAUGAUCAUGAAGAAGACGAGUCCAUCCGUGGUGACCAGAACGAAUUCGAUGAAAGCCAGCAUUUAACGCAAGAGGAAAAGUCUAGUCAGAACACCAAAAAAAAUAAUGAUUAUCAGACUGCCAUCAAUUUUCAGACCCGUAUAGUGUGGUUCCCCAAUGUAUUGGUAUUUAUUGUUCUUCACUCAAUGUGCUUCUACGGAAUGUAUUUAGCCUGCGUAGAGGCUACAUGGAAAUCAUGGUUAUUUGCUAUCGCCUGGGGUAUAUCUGCCGGCCUUGGGGUGACAGCCGGUGCUCACAGGUUGUGGUCGCACAGGUCUUACAAGGCACGAACGCCCUUGCGAAUAUUAUUAAUGAUCUUCAACUGUAUGGCGUGUCAGAACGACAUCUACGAAUGGUGUCGAGAUCAUCGGGUUCAUCACAAGUACUCAGAGACGAACGCCGAUCCGCACAAUGUUAAUCGGGGCUUCUUUUUUGCUCAUGUUGGUUGGCUCAUGUGUAAGAAACACCCAGACGUGAUUCGGAAAGGGGCCAGUGUCAGUUGCGCCGAUCUUCUCGAUGAUCCAGUCGUACGGUUCCAGCGGAAGUAUUAUAUACCACUGACGGCUUUCUGGUGCUUCGGUGUAUCAACCGCCCUUCCGCUAGUUUUAGGCGAAAGCCUGCGAGUGGCCUAUUUUUCUUGCACAAUGGCGCGCUAUGUCAUCUCGCUUAACUUUACCUGGCUGGUAAAUAGCGCCGCACACCUUUGGGGUACCAAGCCCUACAACAAAUGGAUAUCUCCUGUAGAGAACACGUUUGUCACAGUGGCAGCGAUCGGCGAAGGUUUUCACAACUUUCACCAUACAUUCCCGUACGACUAUCGGACUAGCGAGUUUGGUAUGAAGCUCAAUCUCACGACGGCCUUCAUUAACCUCAUGGCACGGUGUGGCCAGGCAUACGACCUGAAAACGGUUCCUGCGGACGUCAUCGAGAAGCGGUCACUUCGUACCGGUGACGGGAGCCGGGAAUAGGUGAAAUAUAUAAUUGAAAAACAGGGUAUUAUUACAUUACUCUAGUGAUUAAUUUUACCUUAUAUAAUGUACCGGGGCCGCAUGGAAACACAGAAAGUCGCAGUAUCAGAGUACCCGCGUACAAGUGACGAGGUAUGCGACGAAGACGAGGUACAAGCGAAUAUGUAGAUAUGGAAUAUUAACUUCUGUACCGAAGCUACAUAGUUUAAGGAGAAGAAUCCUGUAGCUCAAUUUAUUCAAUGACAGAAAAAAAAAAUGGCGGCGCCAACGGUGCAUAUCCACCCUAAAUCAAAGUGCGCAAAAGGGUAAAUAUUAAUAACCAAAAAUAAUCUAAUGUUGAAUCGAACGACGUGUCGUUUGCCCCAUAGCUUGCCACAACUUUAUAGAUUUUUGUUGUAGCUAUUACUCUAUUGAAAUGAUGCGUGACAUUUCGGUCCUGCUGAACUAACCUCCUGCAGCAUGCCUUUAACAGUUCGUUAUCGGAUAUUUUGCAUUAUUGUCGGUGGUUUGGUAGAGAACAACAAAAGCAGCAUUUAUAUAGAUCAUUGCUGGACACGGCUGCCUGAACGAAGACAGCUUACAGCUCUGAAUAUUACGUUUUACGGCGAUUCGAUGGUGUUUGUCGACUUGAGAGGUCAGAUUAACCAUACAAAUGGAUUAUCGCAAUGUAUCACUAUGUAGUGCAACUUUGACGAUCUUGGGAAGUUUGUUUAUAAACGGCAUUAUUCAUUAGUCGACAUUAACAUUGAAGUUUUGAUGUACAAUUAGAGAGCGUCUCCCCUAAGCGCAAAGUGAUCCACGACAAAGGUGACGGACGAUACCGAUGGCAAUGAUGACACCAGCGUUGAAUACAAUAGAACUUAAGUGCAGUUGUGCUGACCCGUCUCCCUAUUACGAUGAACAGAUCGUUUCCCUAAAAGUAAUAGAUCGGCUUAAUUAACAACAGUUAUUAUUAUUUGUACGCGGUACAAAGCCCACAUAAUAUCCGCAUGAUACGCUACAGGCAGCUCGCUACAUUGCUUUACAAGCUGGCUUCAGACGAGAGUAGCUUCAAGAGAAGCCUUGUGUCAGCGAAAAAGCCUGCAGACGUAAAAUAGGACGUAUCAGCAGCUGCUACUACUGCUGCUAUGGCUUGUGCGAACGAGCCAAGGUGAGAUCAGCUACACCAGGAUCAUGACGUCGCCACUAUCGCUACAAAAAAUAUAUUACAGUCAACUACCCUAAACUACCCUAUCAUAUAAAAAUAUAUCUCGGUUGCUCUCCCAACAGCUGGUUGGGUUAAUGAUGAAGAAAAACAACGCUUGAAUGUUUGAAAAAACUAACUAACAGAGACUCGAAUGAAUAUAGAUAGCGCAAGAUCGUGGAUGUCACAUACAAGGCUCGAAAGGCCAGUUUAUGCAACGAAAACGUUUACGACGCGACCAAAAUAAAAAGACCUGCAAUAACAUUAUGGUUGCAGAAGUUCCGUAAGAAGUAAAGAGGUGACUGAUAUUUUACCCGAAUAUAGUGUAACCCUAAGAAAGUUGUAAUCCAAUAUGGAUUCAGAUCGCGGGACAUAUUCAAAACACCAACUGGGAGCUAGCGAUCAUACAACGAGAACUCAACGCAGUCGUUCAAACGGGGACAGCACAGAGAACAAUUGCCACAGCCGAAACCACCGCGAAUUGUAAAUGAUCCCUCAUAUCAAAGCACCCAAGUUACAUAAGCUGAAAAAGUUCUCAAGUUACUAUUACCAAGCAAAGGGCAUAUACAAAAGGGCCAAAUGUCAAUGUAGGAUGUUUACGCCAACCUGGACGGUAGUAAACUUUAAGUAAAACCUGUCAUACUACAUCGUUAACCGCGUACACCGUAAAGAACGCUAUCAAGUGAUUUUAAUUGAAGUUAACAAACAUCACAGAGAAGAAGGUGCGGUGUUUUCAAAUCACAUAUAUAGAUAUCACCUAUGCAGGCGAACUGCGAUAAAAAAAUUGUUUGUCAAGCCCCUCAAACACGUGUAACUAUGUCUACCUAGUUAGUGUUUAUUUUAAAUCAAGCAAAUUCCUAAGCUUUCUUAACUCCUUUCGUUAAAAAUCCUCGAAGAUACGAGUACAUGCGUGGAAUUAUGUUAAAACGCUUGCAUAAUAUACAUAGCAGAAUAUUGAAUAGUGAUGAAUCUGCCAAAGAAAAUGCAAGGAAUAAUGAUAAGAAUGAUAGAAAUGCUGAAAAAGUCGAACGAAGGCUUUCUAUCCUGAGCAGUAUUAAGGACUUACGUAAGCAGGUGCGGUGCACAUAUAUAAUCAUAUAAACACAUAAGUAUAUUUGAAAAAUAGUCAACAAAUA